UCGGUUCACGUCUCUCACUUUCAACUUUCCAGGAAACACAAGGAAAAGAAAGAGAGAACAUCCAAUCCCAAGUGUUGGCAGCUCUCGUGACUCCUGUAUUCAGAAAUUACCUUUCUCAGUCCUUCUAGAAAUGAAGCUAAAAGAGAUCCUGUGACUCCACGACUUGCUUUUUUCAGUCUCCCCUCUUGUUAGUUCCUGAUUUCAAAUGGACUAUCAUCAAAUUGUGGUCUAUAAAACACCCUGCGUGGCAUGACAAGAAUCUUCCCAUCGAUUCGAAGUUAGCCGAACAAACAUGGCCGUUGAUCAGCUGAACCCCGAGAACUUCUCUGUUUUGAGCCCGAGGAUUUCGUUCUCUUUCAAUCUCUGCGACUUGGAUGCAGCACAGAAAGCGAUACACUCUCCUCCAUCAAACACUACUACCACUUGUCUUCAAGCAUUAGAUUCGGGGAAUGACUUUGAGUUCUGUCUCUCGGAGAGCUUCAAACCUCAGUCGUCCUCCGCAGAAGAGCUCUUCUCCGAUGGCAAGAUUCUCGCAGUCCCCGUCAAGAAGAAGAAUGUUUCUGAGAGACAGAGGCACUCUGACUGUCCGCUGCCAUCGCGGCCUUCUCCUAAAGAGGGUGUGUCUUGUAAUCCGACGAGGCAUGCUAAAACGAUAUCAAUGGAUCCGGAAGCCAUUUGUGAUGGCAACAUGCCACAUGGCCGGAACAUAAAGGAUGCGAGGUUCAGAGGAGAACGGGCUGACGACAAGCCAUCGAGGUCAUUCUGGAGGUUCAGACGAAGUAGCAGUUUGGGAUCUGCAAAUUCGUAUGGAACGCGCUUGUGUUUCUUGCCGCUUAUGCCGCGGAGCUACUCGACCAGGUCAUCUUCCCCGAACACGAAGCAGCAUCGGCAAAGACUCCCUCCACCGCAGUGUUGGGCGACAAAGAACAAUCAGAAGGCUUCUUCGUCCAAGUGUUUCGGGUCUCAUUACCGACAGAGAGCUCUUCAAGGUAGUCCUGUUGUUCUCAACGUUCCUACAGGGGAUAUGUUUGGGCUGAGCUCGUUAUUUGCGAGUAGGAAGACCAAGAACAAUCACAUAUGAUCCUCGAAUUGUGUCUAUCCUUUUCAGGAUAAGUCUUGCAUGAACAGAACUGCAAGUGAAAAUCGUAUAUACUAUGGCUUAAUCAGACUUUCUCCUAAUAACAGUUGUUUUAGAAGUUUAUGUCGUUAAAAAGGUCUAGGAUACGUCAGAUCCGUGAAUUUCAUCUUUAUUUUUGCUUUUUUUAAGCGUCUGAGGUUAUGGCCUUAUAGCAUAGGCAUAAGACGAGAAGAUAUUGCAUGAUUUGUAGAUCGUGUGGACCAAUAUCAUCUCGUGGAUCUCACCAUAGCCCACAUGAUCGAUGGUUGAAAUAGACGUAGUAGUCUAAACGGCCUAUAAACCGGAUGAUUUGCUCUCGUGUAAGACACGGUUGUUCCUUUGAUUGCUGCUGCCAGGAUGUCCUGCGAAGCAUGGGAGAACUCAGCGUUCUAUGCAAUCCCUCUUGACUCUAGGAUGAUGUAUUUUGAAGGAGCUCAUGUGUCUCUUGCAGCACAGAAUCCAUCUUAAAUUAUCUUUCAAUCAACAACAGCAA